AUGACCCAUCUCUCCACCCCCUCAGAGAAUGGAGAGGAAACCGAGAAGGUUCAGAGAAAGGCCAAGCCCAAAUCUCGCCCCAUCAAAACUACAAUAGGGAACAACCAACACCAGCAAAUACUUCCACAAGGCUCCAGUGAAAGAGGAGUCUGCUGAUAUGACUCCUGAGAGUGAUAUCAUCCCUCCUUUUAUAAGAGCUAGGAUAUACAUGUAUACCGUAAAGCCUGGGAAAAAAUAAGAGGAUGAAGACUGGGAGGACGUGUAAAAUGUGAAAGGAAUGAACACUAGUUUUGCUUGCACAAUGUUUGUUUACAUCACAUGUAGGUCUGUGUAGAUUAGUGUUCUCUGUAUGUAAGCCUAUGAUGGCUCUGGUCCUUACUCUGUGUGUGUGGCCAUGUGAUAUUGUUGUCUGUCCUCAGAGCUGGCUGAGCCCUUAGGUCCAGUGGAACCAGUAGAGCCAGCUCUGCCCUCACAGCCUGUGGAGAUAGAGAUUGAGACCCUAGACAUCAUCCGCAAAAGGCAGAAAAGUUGAGAGAUGGUGAAAGAUACCAUGUUAGCACUGGCAGUCCGUGUAUUUGUGUGUACUCCUUUGGAAAAGCAAGUGCUCCAUCCUAGAUAAUACUGUCAGAGACUAGGAUAAUUGGUCAUUUUUCCAAGAUGGAAAUAUGAAUCAAUCAAUCACCAUGACAACUCUGGUAGUAAACCACAUGACUCCAGGGAGAAGAGGAAGGCAGAGUUUGAGACCUAUCUGCGACGCAUGAUGAACCGCUUCAACAAAGAUGUGGUGGAGGACACACACAAGGUGAGCACACACGCACACCCCCCACACACACCCACACACACAAACAUGUAGUGUAAGGACCUCCACAUGGCCUGCCUCACAGACUGUCAUGCUGCGUUCACCUGAUCACAGAAUGGCUGUCAACCAUUUUCCGCAUGUUCUCUUCUCAUCCGAACACUGUAUUCUUACGAUACAGAUGAUUAACAUCUCUCCAAUAGGUCCACCUCGUGUCUUCUAG